AUGUCACUGACUACAAGUCGAUCCGCUCAGUUCGAUCCACUACCCAACUCGACCCGAAAUCGUGUGCCCAACAAUUCAUCGACUCACUCGCUAGCCACCCUGAACAAUAAUCAGCCACAUCCAUUACCACCGCCUUCGCUCGAACCACUCCGUGAGACGACUCCACUGACCAACGGUGGUGGGAAGUACAAAAAAGUUACUGUACCGGUACCCGACCCUACAAGACGACUACGCCAAUCUAUUCCACCAACCUAUUCAUCUUUUCCGGUUAGUUUUUUCAGUAUUAGAUUGUAA